AUGAUAACAAUACUCUCUAACUCAAAACUGUUGUGGGGACUGUGGCAAGUGAUGAGCUACUGUACUUCGCGUACGACGAUGCCGCUAUUGCUGACUGUUGGCUUGACAUUUUUGGUAAUGCGGUUGAUAAAUCUAGUGCGUGAAAUCCGAAAGUUACCACCCGGCCCGUGGAGCCCGCCGGUCGUCGGCUAUCUACCCUUCCUUGGGGUUCGCCAUAAAACGUUUUUGGAGCUUGCAAGAAGUUACGGUGCCCUGUUCUCCGCUCGUAUUGGAAAUCAACUAACUGUGGUGUUGAGUGACUAUAAAUUGAUCAGAGAAGCAUUUCGACGAGAGGAGUUCACCGGUCGACCCAGCACUCCAUUGAUGCAUAUUUUGGAUGGUCUAGGUAUCGUCAAUAGUGAGGGUCGCCUGUGGAAGAGCCAACGCCGGUUCUUGCACGAGAAACUCCGCGAAUUCGGAAUGACUUACAUGGGAAAUGGCAAGAAAAUCAUGGAAGCGAGAAUUAAGAACGAAGUUCACGAUCUGAUGGAUAACUUGCAAUGCACAGAAGCAGCACCAGUAGAUCCAAAUCCGCUUUUUGCUUUGGGCGUGUCUAACGUGAUCUGUGGUAUUACUAUGUCAGUACGCUUUAGUCACGGUGAUGCCCGAUUUGCUAGACUAAACCAUUUAAUUGAAGAGGGCAUGAGACUAUUUGGAGAAAUCCAUUAUGGAGAAUACAUCCCUCUAUACAACUACCUACCAGGCAAAGCGCAAGUUCAAGAAAAAGUUGCGAAGAACCGCGAAGAAAUGUUUGCAUUUUAUCAAACUCUAAUCGAUGAACACCGAAACACUCUCGACAUCAAUAAUUCUAGAGACCUUAUCGAUGUUUAUUUGAUUGAAAUUGAAAAAGCAAAACUUGAAGGCAGAGAAGGAGAUUUAUUUGACGGGAGAAAUCAUGAAUUACAACUAAAACAAAUUCUCGGAGAUUUGUUUUCCGCUGGCAUGGAAACCAUCAAGUCUUCACUUCUGUGGAUGAUCGUAUUCAUGUUACGAAACCCUGACGUGAAGAGACGAGUUCAGGAGGAGUUAGAUACGGUUAUUGGUCGAGAGCGUCUUCCAACUAUUGAAGACAUGUCAAGUUUACCAUACACAGAAACUACCAUACUUGAAACACUCCGCAUGUCUAGCAUUGUACCUUUGGCCACGACACAUUCUCCCACAAAAGAUGUUCACCUGAACGGGUACAGGAUUCCAGCUGGUUCCCAAGUCGUUCCUCUCAUCAACUGUGUACACAUGGAUCCAAACCUCUGGGACGAGCCCAACAAGUUCAAUCCAAGUCGUUUUAUAGAUGAAAAUGGAAAAAUCAAGCGACCCGAGUACUUUAUGCCGUUUGGAGUCGGACGUCGUAUGUGCCUAGGGGAUGUUUUGGCAAGAAUGGAAAUGUUUAUGUUCUUCGCAAGUUUGAUGCAUCAGUUCGAUGUUCAAACCGAGGCGGGUGCGGCGCCACCAUCGCUGGAAGGAACGGUGGGUGCCACAAUCUCGCCACAGCCUUUCCGCGUCAAGUUCGUGCCUCGCUCGCCACCAGCUCCGCCGGUGGUCCUGGUCCACGAACAUCCACACUUGCGCCAUGUCGGUUCGCACUAA